UCUGCCUGAAAAAUUAUUACGAUUAAUUCACUAUUUCGAUACUCUCGAUACAUCGAGAAUCGCAUGUAGUUCUCGAUAAGGGUUGUCCUCUCCGUCAUUAGGAAAAAGAAACAAUACUUUCCAAGUUUCCAGUAUUUACUGUACGAGUAACAGCAGACAUGGCUUCAACUUGUCAAAGUUCUUGCUCAAAUGCUGAAUAUUUACUCGGCCAAUUAAAUACAGCAAGACGAGAGAUUAAUAAUUUGAGACAACAAGUGAAAAGUUUAAGGUAUAUAUUUGAUAAGGAUGUUGAUAAUAUUAAACGUCUCUUGGAAUUACAAAGAUCUGGGGAAGGUCUUUCGCAGUCUAUAAUCACAUCUUCGAAAGAAGCCAAGCCUGGUACAAGUGAAGAUCAAGACAUUCUCAAGUUAAAACCUAUCGGUAUAAUUUCUACUUGGUUUCCCAAUAAGAGAGCAACUCCACGGCAACCUGGAAUAUGUGGAAAAGUACCAGGAAAACUAACACUUUACAACUCCAUAUUUACAAAUCCGGAUCAUGCUUUACAGGGCCUACAGGAUUUCUCCCAUAUGUGGAUUUUGUUUUACUUUCAUAGAAAUGACUCGACGCACGUACGUGCAAAGGUAGCACCACCAAGAUUAAACGGAAUAAGAACGGGCGUGUUUUCUACGCGUUCGCCACAUCGACCAUGCCCUAUCGGCCUAAGCUUAGUAAAAAUUUUAAAGAUUGAAAAUCACACGAUAUAUUUUGAGGGUGUUGACAUGGUUAAUCAGACUCCUGUCUUAGACAUAAAACCGUACAUUCCACAGUACGAUAGCCCGUUACACAUAGAGAAAUUGAGUAACAGACCAAGAGAGAAUAAUGUAAACACCUCAGACAUGUUCCACGAUAUAGAAGAAGUCCGCGAUUUAAGCGAGGGUCAGUCACUCGAUUCUUUUAAUGACGAUAUCAACGACGACGAACAAGUUGAGCUUGACAUUUCUCGAGACGAGGAGAUAGCUUUCAGGCUUCAGGUAGAAGAAUUUCAGACCUACCCAAGUCCUACCCUGGAUAGUUAUGAUAUUACUAGACAAUCUUUUCAAUCAGCAGAAGCUCGUGCUAAUGCCGUUACUCCAUUACAAAAUGACAGUGAUGUGGAUUUUAUAGAUAGAGGCGCGUAUCUUAUUCGCGAUAGAUUGCUCGACACAAGCUCCGACUUGGAUUCAUCCGUUGAACAUGAUGCACUAGUGAGUGAAUCACAGAUGGACUCUAUCAGAGAUGUGAACAGCAGACUGCACCACGUAGCUAUAAAUGAUCCGAGUAGUGUAAAUCCAACAUACGCAGAGAGCGAUAACGAUCCAAGUCGUAUCCAAGCCGGAAAUCAGACUUUACGCAAUUCUAGACUGUUGGAUGGGGCAGAUGGCCCAAGCACGGUUUGCGGCACCAACAUAGAUUUAGUCAAUCGUCACGUUUUACACGCGAGAAUCGACAAUUCACCUGUAAGGAUGGGAGUACGCGAAGCACCAGACGGAGAGGAGGGGCUCGAAUCUCAGAAUUUGACGCCCUCGCGAACCUUGCCGGACAUUCAUGCCGCGACAGCUAUGUCAUCUGGACUGGUGAACGUAACGACCGAGAGCAACUUUUCCGAGAUAAGAGUACCAGAUUGGAUCUCGCAACCCCGUACAGCGACGUUGUCAGUGAUUUUCAAUGAACGUGCUUUGGUGCAACUAAACGAGAUUUUGGACGAUAAAGUCGACGAACAGAAACAAGCGAUAGAAAAUGUACUUAGGGAAGAUCCGAGAUCGGUGUAUUUAAGACAGAGAUGGGGUAGUCAGUUUUACACAUUUUUAAUACACGACCUGCACAUCACUUGUAGAUUCGACGAUAACAGAGGUAUCGUUACUGUAUUCCAAGUUCGGCAUGCAGGUCGCACGUGCGAUUGCGGUGAGCCCGAAUGGCAAUGCUUAGGACAUUCUCCUUUGUCGUAAUGUAUAUUUUACUGAAUUUUAACCGAAGCAUAUCACAUGUCGUAGGAAAUACAAAAUAGCGGAAAACCAAAUCCUGUCAUUGUGAUUUAGUGCAUACAAAACGAAAGAACGUAAUUGUGAUUUACUUCCAUGUACUUUUGACUAGAUAUAUAUAUAUAUAUAUCUUUCUUACAAAACGGUUUCGUGCUUUGUAAUUGUCUAGCUAGAUAGAAUUAUUUUUAUUUCAUCAUAAAAUGCAGUUGUAAUUUAAACGAAAUGGUUUAUACAUAACUUUAAUGCAUGCAAAUGUAUACAAGUUCCUAUAUUUUGUUAUUAUGUGCAAUUAGUAUGUACUAUGUAUACGGAAUCUAUACAAGGAAUAUUAAUUAAUUAGUGCUACGAGAAAUCGCAAAAGAUUUGACAACUAUAUUUUAAGUAAUAUCCAAAGUAAUAAAAACUUCACA